AUGAUGAUUGUUCAUGGUAAAUCUUGUCAUUUUUUCAAACGAAUGGACAAUUCAUUAUUUAUGGGAGUAUUGGCAGCAAGAUUUGGAACUAGUUUGGGAAGUUUUGUAAAUUCCUUAAUUACCACACCCCUAAUCAAUAUGCCAAAUUCUGAGUCUUUCUCCCUUUAUAUUGGUUUUUCUACUACUAUUGGUUUGGCUCUGAUGUUUGCACUUAUUGGAUUUGUUGCUAUUGAAAUUUAUACAAGAAUUGUUGUUAAAUUAAUUAGAGACAUGACAUUGACUGAUUUCCUAGGUUUAAUUCAUUCUAAUCAACCUCUAAAUAUUCACAAAUCAAAGAAAGCAAUUAUGAACUAUAUGGAAACCAAAGCGCAAAUCUACAUUCAAACAUUCAAGUUGAAAAAUACUCUACAUCAAUUGACAAUGUUUUUCAGAUUUGCCAACAAGUCAACUUAUGAAAUUUAUAGUGGAGUUCAAGGUGAUGAUGGGUUGGAUAUUUAUUUGAGUGAUAAAGAUCUCUCUCUAAUUUAUUUGAAAACUCUGUACAAUAGAAAAUCAAGAGAAAUUGACUUGUUGUACAAUUUAUCAACUCUAAUGGCUUACGACCAUUUUGGAGACGACGAAUGUCAUACACCGAAAGCUUUGCAAGUAAUGAACAGAGUGUGCAAAAAAUCAAGUUUUUGGAAUCACUUGGAUUAUCAUUAUAGAGCUAAGGAAAUUCAACAGUAUGCAACUGACACUGGUACAGCAGAUGCAAGUCAAGAGAAUGAUGCAAAAAUGUUACUACUCAAGGAGAAUCAAGAUAAGUUGUUAUGCUUACACAGAGACUUCUGGAAAGAAAUGAUCAAUGAACCAGUCAAGCUGUCAAGUGUUCAGAAAAUUUGUGAAAAGAUAUCCGAUAUUUCAGAAGAAUGCGAAGAAACAUUUAUGGAAGCACUUUCAGAUCGUAAAAACAAAGCCUAUCUAAGAAUGUAUGCAACCUAUGUUGAAUUAUUCCAUUUUGAUAAGGAUCUAGCUCAAGCAAUUCACAUGGAAGCUAAUCAACUCGACCAAGAAAUGAAAGUUACUCAAAGCAUUAACAAAAUCAAAAAGAAGCAAGUAGUACCUAGUGCUUCUAGAUCUUCUUUAAAAUCCCUGUUCAGAUCAAGAACCAGAAUUAGAGAAUCAAUGACUGACCAAAUGAGCGACGCAGGAUCAGACGUUUCAAAUCAAAUUCCAAAUGGGUUUACUGAACAUUUUGACCAAUUUGAUGAUAGUGCAAGUGUUGCAGGUGAUAAUAAUGCUCCUGAAGCUGCGGAACAAAAGAAGGAUUACUUAUUUAGAAAUGCUUUGAAAGCUAGACGUCCAGAAGGUGUCAACCAAGAAUUGAUAUACGGAGAUGUUACUAAACCUGAUGAUGAUCCAGUAAUUGGUUUGUAUCCAUCUUUGGAUAAGCUACUCAAACAAGGAGUUGAUAAUUGUACUCUUUAUUUAGAACAGCAUAAUUUAACUCUCACACUCAAAACGAAAAUUCAGUACUGUACAGGAAUUGAUAAAGUAAUGACUGAUUUCCUAACUACCAUUACACAGACCAGUGAGAAUACUCGAGAUUUCUAUACAAAACAAAAUGCUGUAUUUGCUGCUAAUGGAACAAUUUUAGAUCCAACUGAAAUAUUUAUGGAACAUUACAAGUUAAAUGUAAUGUCUCAUCCUCUGAAUGACAAACUAUUGAUAUUCAUGAAUGAAUUUGUUAGAGUCUCUUCAGAACUAUCACUAAUAUUACUUUUAAUAUUUACUUGUUUAGGAUUUUUACUCACAGCAGUCAUUGGAAGACUCAUAUUGGCAAUGAUCAAGAACAAAUCAAAUCAACUCUACCACACCAGAAUGCUAAUGAACUAUAUUCCAGUAGAAAUGUUAGAUAGAAAUGAAAAACUCAAAAAUGUUGCAUUAUUUAACUCUUUCCCUAAUGCACUAGUUGAAAAGUUGAAUAGAAAAGGAAAAGAGGGUUCAUCUGAAAGUGGAUUUAAUGGCGUUGCGAAUAUUAUCAAUUCUUCAGUUGAUGGAUCUGCUUUGUUAAAUGAAAGUGGAGAUAUUGAGAUUUUCAACCCAGCAGCACAUCGAAUGUUUAAUUCAACUUCAGUCGAUGUAUUGGGUACAAAGCUUUGUUCUUUAUUUGAGGAAUCGAUUCAGGAAACUAUUAGAAAGACAUUUGAAUCCAUAAUAGAGCAAUCUAAGAAAUCUUAUAAUUCUGGAGGAAAUGGACUCGCUCAGGAAACAUUAGAAGCUGAAUGUAUGAGAAGAAAUCAAACUAAAUUCCCUGCCAAGAUUAGUCUAUUCACUACUCAUCUUUCAGAUCGUGGAACUAUUGUUGUUUGUACCAUUAAGGAUGUGACCUCAGAGAAGAAACAACAAGCUCUCCUUGCGGACGAAAAGAAACACUCUGAUAAUCUACUCAAAAACAUUCUUCCAGAAAAUGUCGCUUCAAGACUAAAGAAGGGAGAAACAUUCAUUGCUGAAAAACUUUCUGAUAUUACAUGUUUCUUCUCAGAUAUGGUUGGUUUCACAAAAAUCAGCUCAACCAUGCAAGCUACUGAAUUGGUGAAAAUGUUAAAUGCAGUAGUUAAUGGAUUUGACAAUUUGACAGAGCUUUAUGACCUGGAAAAGAUUAAAACCAUUGGAGAUGCUUACUUUUGUGUAGGUGGUCUUCAUGGUUCUUCAGAUCACCCAGAAAGAAUGUUAAAAUUUGCCAUGUCAACCUUCCAAGUCAUUAACGAUUUUAAUUCUGGAAAAUUUGGAGUCAUUCUAGAAAAUGAUAAUCAACUCGAUAUCAGAAUUGGUAUCAACACAGGUUCUGCUCUUGCAGGUGUGAUUGGAACCAAGAAAUUUGCCUACGAUUUGUGGGGUGAUACCAUCAAUACUGCCUCAAGAAUGGAAUCAACUGGUCAACCAGGAAGAGUUCAAAUAAGCAGAUCAACCUACGAAAGAGUUUAUGAUAUGGGAUUGGAAUUUGAGGAGAAACGAGUGGAAGUAAAAGGAAAGGGAAUUAUGCAAAGUUAUUUAUUGAGUGCACGUCAUCACAUAAGCACCAAGGUUGACUUGAUUAUUCCAAUCGAACAGAAAACACUCCAAGAUUAUGAAAUUGACAAUGAACCUUUAGAACAAUUAAAACUAGAUAAUAACACAUCGUCAAGUCAAAACUCAAUGGAAUAACUUGUUCUAAAGAAUAAAAUCAAUAACAUUUUU